AUGCCGUGGUUCUCUAACAUCGAGGUUCAUUACGGGACUGAACAGUCGCAAGCACCGCCGGGGCGCCUCCUAGAGAUUAAGGGAGGCAACGACGACAUCAACGCUGGCUUUGGGGGAAAAUAUGUAUGGUUGGUCCCUGUGAAGACGAACGUCCAUGCCGACGCCUUGUCUUCGUUGAGCAUCGCCAUUCAGUCAAAGGAGGAUCCUACCAAACAAGACCUCGCUGCCGGUGCGGGAGGUGAUUAUCGCUACAUUGUCCUGGCGCUUCGGGACCCCGCCAAGAUCACCGCACUUGGGCUGUUGCGGAGCUCAGACCCUCGUGAAGUUCCUGAGGGGUGGAAUGGGUCAACUGAGGAUAUCAAUAAGGGUCGCAAGGGCGACUACCUUUAUCUCGUCUGGAAGUCGGAGUAG